GGUGGGAGUCGUCCAAAGAUAAACGAAAAGUAGCAGAGCUCUUCAAGCCAGACACUCUGGACAAGGCAUCAGAGAGAACUCUGCGAUUCCUCCUCGAACAAAUAUCCAAAAUUCUACCUCAUGCAACUAAUCUACACAUUGUAGAUAUAGCCAUGACAUGGGCUAAACCUCUGUUCCAAAGUCCGCGGCCAUCCAAUGCAGAGAUCACAGCACUUUGUGUACUUUUCCGUCAAGCGUUGCUGUUGCACCGACAUCUUUAUGACGAACGUUGGACAGGGUUGUGGAAUAGGUAUUCCCGCAGAGGAGAUACACCUCCGAUGACUCCACGUUCUCCUGUUUCGUCACACCAUACUGCAGUUGUUAGAUCACCUCAUUCUCGCCAAAACACAUUGACCAACAAGAUCUAA